AUGUCUAAGAUUUUGACUGUUUUUGGCGCCACCGGCAACCAGGGUGGCUCUGUCAUCAGGGCCGUUCUCGCCGACCCCGUCAUCUCCAAGGAGUUCACUGUUCGCGGCAUCACCCGAGACGCCUCUAAGCUGCUGCCAAGGACUUGGCCGCUCAAGGCCGACCUAUCAUCUGCCGACUCGGUCGCGGCUGCUAUCGCCGGCUCUCACACAGUCUUCCUUGUUACCUCACCCGAUUUCUUCAACCCUAGCGCCAGCCCAGAGCUCGCUCAGGGCAAGAUCGUAGCCGACGCUGCCGCCGACGCCAAGGUCGACCACCUCAUCUACUCCUCGCUCCUCCACGUUACUGCAGAGACCAAGGGCCGCCUCACCCAUGUCGUUCACUUUGACCAAAAGGCAGAGGUAGAGGCUUACAUUCGCGCAAAGUCUAUUCCUAGUUCCUUCAUCCUGCCUGGCUACUUUAUGUCGAACUAUACCGUCUCGCAGAUGCUCCGAAAGGGCGAAGACGGUACCUACACCCUUGCCUACCCUGUCUCUGCCGAAGCCCGCUUCCCGCUCAUCGACGCUGAAGCCGAUACCGGGAAAUACGUUGCUGCCGUCCUGCGCAACCCUACUCGCCACCUGGGCAAGCAGAUUUUGGCUUCGACGGGAUAUUAUACGCCUACACGUCUCCUUGCUGAAUUUGAGGAAGCGACAGGCAAGAAGGCAGCCUUCGUCCAGCUCGACGCUGACACGUACAAGAGCUUCCUUCCCUCGCCCAUGGCGAAGGAGCUCCUUGAGAACCACCUCUUUGUUGAAGACCCCGGGUACUUCAAAGGCCAGCCGCUAGAGGCGAGCGAGGAGCUGCUGGCUGAGAUUGGGCUCAAGUCGACGUCGUGGAAGGAGUUCGUUAAGAAGAACAAGAGCGCUUUCACUUGA